AACGCGAACCCUUUAUUGCUGUUAAUAGCGUCGUAACCGCGCGUUCAGCAUCUCAUGAUGGAUUACCAAAUAGCCAGAUUUUUUUUUUUUAAAAGCCAUGCAUACAAAAAUGAUUUUUAGCAACUUAAUAGGUACCGUUUCAGAUCUGCGCCUAAGUUACAUGCACAAGAAUAUUAUUUCAUUCUGAAUGCCUCUUUUUUUCGUUCCGUUAUCUGCGCGCUCGGAAACCAUGAGCUCAGAAGCCGUCGUCGUCCUUUCUAAAUCCUCUUGUUUGCUUUAGGCUCGUUGGAGCCUUCAUGUAUGAGUCAGGGGAAGACUCCGCUGGAGAAAAAAAGGUGUAACGACUCUGCAGACUUUACGCGGCUGUUUGUCGAUGCGCCAAGCGUGUGUUUGCGCCCCCAGCACCCAGCGCGGACCGGACAGGAGCGAAUCAGCACCACGUCUGUGAACAGCUCCCUUUCCCCACUGGCGCGGGUUUCCGUCCGGAUGGGCACUGUUCGUCUCCGUGGCUCGUACACGCAAACCUCUGGCGAUUAUUUGUAAUGGCAUCACACGGGUUUUGGUCUCUGGGCGCCGAAAAUGCCGCUGACAGCACCAGCCAAAUCCCAAGCACGCCCAGGGCUUGGUGCCAAGCCGCGGCCCAAAAAUUCACCGGUGGCAUCGGAUCGAAAUUAUGUGCGCUCCUGAACGUUGGCGAGACUGAGAAGCCCAGAGACCCGUCCUCCAAACACGGUAGCUCCGAGGCUGAGGCGUGCGGCUGUUCCAAAGCGACCGUGAGCUUCUCCGAUCUCUAUUCAACAGAUCUUUUGCCGGCGUUGGACGGAGACAUGAAGACGAUGAAUUUUCUACAAGAAGUUGUGGAUAUUUUACUGGCCUACAUUGUGGAAUCUUUCGACAGGUCGACGAAAGUGAUUGAUUUUCACUAUCCAAAUGAACUGCUUCAGAGAAUCAACUGGGAACUGUCGGAUGAGCCCGAAACACUGGAUGACAUUUUGAUCAGCUGCCGCGCUACUCUAAAAUACGCCAUCAAAACAGCUCACCCCAGAUACUUCAAUCAACUCUCUACCGGGUUAGACAUGGUCGGCCUGGCCGCAGACUGGCUAACGUCGACGGCCAAUACUAACAUGUUCACCUACGAGGUGGCGCCCGUGUUCGUGCUUCUGGAAUACGUCACGCUGAAGAAGAUGAGAGCCAUCAUUGGUUGGGAGGAUGGCCGAGGAGACGGCAUAUUCUCACCAGGUGGCGCCAUUUCCAACAUGUAUGCCAUGCUGCUGGCUCGUUACAAAAUGUUUCCUGAAGUGAAAGAGAAGGGGAUGUCAUCGGUCCCCAAGCUGGCAGCCUUCACUUCUGAACACAGCCAUUUCUCAAUCAAGAAAGGCGCCGCAGCUCUUGGUGUAGGGACAGAGAGCGUCAUCUGCAUCAAAGCGGACGAGAGGGGAAAGAUGAUACCUUCAGACCUGGAGAGGAGGAUAGUGGAAGCCAAGCAGAAGGGUUUUGUGCCAUUCUUUGUCAGUGCCACUGCAGGAACGACAGUGUAUGGAGCUUUUGACCCUCUGAUCGCUAUCUCUGACAUCUGUAAAAAGUACAACAUUUGGAUGCACGUAGACGGGGCCUGGGGCGGCAGUCUGCUCAUGUCCAGGAAACACAGGUGGAAACUGAAUGGCGUGGAGAGAGCAAACUCCAUGACCUGGAAUCCCCAUAAGAUGAUGGCAGUGCCCCUCCAGUGCUCCGCGCUGCUGGUCCGGGAGGAGGGUCUGAUGCAGAGCUGUAACCAGAUGCAGGCCUGCUACCUGUUCCAGCAGGAUAAGCACUACGACCUCGCCUACGACACCGGCGACAAGGCCCUGCAGUGUGGUCGUCACGUGGACAUCUUCAAGCUUUGGCUCAUGUGGAGAGCCAAGGGCACCAUUGGAUUUGAAGCUCAAAUUGACAAGUGUCUGGAGCUGUCGGAAUACCUCUACAACAAGAUCAAGGACAGGGAGGGGUAUGAGAUGGUCUUCGAUGGAAAGCCCCAGCACACCAACGUGUGUUUCUGGUACCUUCCGCCGGGCCUGCGUUACCUGGAUGAUAAGGUGGAGAAGAUGAAGCGUCUACACAAGGUCGCCCCUACCAUCAAGGCCAGGAUGAUGGAGUACGGGACCACCAUGGUAAGCUACCAACCACAGGGAGACAAGGUCAACUUCUUCCGCAUGGUCAUCUCCAACCCUGCCGCGACCUUCGAGGACAUUGACUUCCUCAUCGAAGAGAUUGAGAGACUAGGUCAGGACCUGUAAGACUCCGAAACCUCACGUUCUCAUAUCCCUCGAUGGAUGACAUGUUUGUGGUGAAUGUAUGCUAAUUUCUUUUUCUCUCUUCUUCAGAUAGUCUAAUAUAGGCAAAUAUGUUUAAAAAAAAUGACAUGACUAUAUCCAUACUUAAGUAUCGUAGCACUGUUGUGGCCAUCUUGGUCCAAAGCCUUGUAAAAGUGUUCAUGUCUGCUCCUGUCUGUUAGCAUAGCUGGUAUAACUUUAUAUGUGUUUGGUGCGAGUGUGAAGAAUCACUUUCUCCUGUACUGUGCAAUAGGUCAUACAUUACAUUAUAUCUAUUUGAUUAAGUGCCAAACAUUACGAUAUAGAUAUAAGAAUGAAGGGGUUUUAUUGAGCACUUUGACUUACCUCAACUCUGACAAUUGCCUUUGCAAUCACAGGCAGCAUUCGAGUGUUUUUAUGUUUUGUAUGGAUAUGACAAUAUGAAAAUGCGAAGUACAGGGUACACAGUCUCCUUUGGCGCUGUAGUGAUAAAUGCCUGCUAAUACAAAGUCUGCAUGCUGGAGUUUUUGUGCAGGACCGAUUAAGAAAGGCAACAGAGAGAAAGCACAGAAAACAUGUCCAGAGCAAACGGCAGGAGGUUCUGGGCAAAGGCAUGUUAUUCUCACUUUAUUCUCAAAACUCCUCUACGAAGACUGUGCAGAGUCUAAUCUGAGCUGUGUCUAGAGCCAUUAACGGAAGAGCUCUCGUCCAACUAAAGGAGGUUAGCAUUAAGGAUAAAUCUCUGGAUAUGUCAAAUCUAACUUGGUAUCCAGAGCGGGCAAAAGAGGGUUUUUGUAUCCAACGCAACCAGCAGAGAGGCUCCUUCCAUCCUGUCUGACUAGAAGAUCCGACAUAUGUUAAUACGCCGAGAACAAGCCAGUGAUGAAAUAGUUCAGUCUCGUUUCAGGAGGACACUUCUGUCCUGUCAUUUUUCCACACUCUAAUAGCUAUACAUCUGUUCAUGCUUGUCGUAGUGAAAAAAUGGUACUGUACAGUUAAAAUCAGUCUCUGGCGAUGAACUAAACUUUUAGUGAUAUCCCUAAAUCUGGGGAAGAACACUGCUGCAUUUGAUCCAUAAAAAUAUUCCAUCUAGCACCCUCCUACUCAAAUAAUCUUUUUUAGAGUUAAAAUGAUAAAUAAUAAACAGCUGUUUUGCGAUUAGGUAGUAGAAAUGUCAGUCGUGUCUGGGUAGCAAUGUUUUUCACAGUUAAAUCAGUAGUGUCUGAUGACAUGAUCUAGAGUUAAUCUAGAAAUUCCAAUGGAAAAAUUACACAGUAAGGCUGCUCCAGAUCGUGGUUUCUAAAUACUUUUAAGAUAUUCUUGAGUAAGUAUAUAUCUAUGUGAAUACAUUCAUGUAAUAUAUAUAUAUAUAUAUAAGAGUCUAUUUGUGAAGUAAAAUAUUUUCUCUAAGCGAAUAUCGUCUAAUUGUAGUACUAUGCUCGUGUACCUGACUUGUAGAAAUGCUGAUUUUGUUUACCUGAGAAGAUAUUUAUGUGAUGUACCUGCUUUCAUUUACCUAAAAGCACAACGCAUUUUGAGGUACCAACAAAACAAUCUAUUAAAAGGUUUUGGAUCCCUUUGACAUGUAAUUCCAGUAAUUAUGGAAAACCAUCUCUGAACCGAAGUCGGUUGUCUUUGUGUCCAAGUGAUAUACUUGACAUCACGUGCCAGUCUGUAUUUUUGUGCAUUUGUAACUGUAUUGCCUUAUUAUUUGUUGGCAGUCUUGUCUAGGUCUCCCCCAGAGGCAUUUGUGCACUUUAGAUUCUGUGUAAGAUGACCUGUGUAAUGGCUGUUCCUAGUUCCACUGUUUUCUGAAGCUGUGGUUGGUCUCCCUGCUGUGGGCGUCUGCUGGAAGGUUUAGGUGUGAUGUUCGAACCUGCUUCAGCUGUUCAGUCGCAUUUGUGGUUCCAGUAUUUGCUAAACACAGUCUCAUGCUCCCCCCAACCCAACUCUCCACCCCCCACUGUGAGCGUUCUGUGUGUUCUGAGCUUGUGAGGACAUACCCAGCCUCACAGUGGUGUGUGCAUGUGUGUGCGUGUGUGUGUCUGUGUGUGUGUGUGUGUGUGUGUGUGUGUGUGUGUGUGUGUGCUCUCUGUCCUCGCCGGGGUUGCUGCUGCUACUGGGCUGCUCUCUCUCUCUCUUUUGCAUGUGCAUGAACGCUUUGCAUUUCCAGCUCGUGAAAUACAAUCCCAGAUAUCUCGUGUUGCGCUGUGUUAGCCUUAGUGACCGAUGUGUAGCUUAGCUUUAAGUGUAGCGCUUUGAUGCUAGCUGCAUUGCUCUAUGUGGUUGCAACGCUUUCUGAAUAUACAUUUCUAUAUAUAUAUAUAUAUAUCUGCUUAGCAAGCAUGCUCUGUGUGACUAGAAGUUGUCUGCUUUGCUGAUCUAACCUCUAUCUAUCUUUGUCUCUCGCUUUCUUUGACACAGCUAUAAUCUUAGUGUGUGUGCAGUUCUCCCGCAUGCCUCUGUGUAACAACCUUUGUAGUCCCAGACUUUCUCUCUUUCUACCUUUCUUCCUCUCUUUCUUCCUCUCUUUCUCUCUCUUUCUCACUGUGUGUGUGUGUGUGUGUGUGUGUGUGUGUCUCUUUCCCAAGCUCUGCUCCUGUCAGCAGCGAUUAACCCUUUAAUGACAGCAUGGGCUUGCUGCUUCAUGGCUGCCCGCCACGUUCAGCGGUUUAGAGUUGAGUCUCUCUCUCCCCGACCGGACGGAGUUAACAUGGCUGCCCCUUUUCUUUUCUUCUUAGCUAAAUACUGGUUAGACGUCGUAUGUGUGUCUGUGAGGCGGAAUCCAGAAGACCUUUGUAAGCUUCAGACUGUGUUUCAGACUGUAAUUCGGAGUGUCAGACGUCAGACUCCAGUUCUCGCAACAAUUACUGUAUGUGACCUUCCUGGGAAAUCACAAAUAAAUAUUCUUGUUCGAAACA